AUGUUUUCUUCUCCUUUACGGGCCACAGAUCAUCCUUUAAACCUGCGUAACGAGGAGCAACCGAAUUUACAUAGAAGUGUUGUGCAUAUCUUCAGAAGAACAGCAAUGUUCACUGCUUUGCGCGGCAUGCGCAAAUUGAAGAAACGGAUUGUGGUAAUUUUGUUUCUCUCGUUGAUUUUACUAUACAUUUUUGGACCAGUGAUACGUUUAUACUUGUUAAUCGUAAAAUACAAGCUCAGGAAUAGCAUGUAUGAUCUAGGUUUACUUCCUUGUUCCCUUAGGAAGUCUCCAAUUUUAUACAUGGUUGAUACACAAAAGGUAUUGACAGUGUGGGAAUCCAAUUGCGCGAUGAAAGAUGUAAGGAUUCGAUGGUACGAAAUUAAAGAGAAUAGUGGUGUGACAGAAUUGUUGAACAUUUCAAAUAUCCUUGCCCCUAUAGAAAUAGACGACUCGCAUCAUGUGUAUAAAGCGACGAUGGGUCCGUUCAGGGAUAUUUCAAAAUAUGCAUACGAAAUUGUUUAUAAGACAGAUGAGAAAAGUUCAACAGAUAUAAUUGCUUCGGGUUUCUUUAAACUGUUUCCUGAUAACUCUGUAGCAACAUAUCCCAUUCAAAUUGUUGCUUUCUCAGACAAUCAAUUUGGUCUUCCCAUUUUUCAUCGACUCGUACAGUCUGCCUUUAAGAGACACUCCCCAAAUUUUAUUCUUCACGCAGGUGAUGCGGUUCAACACUACGAAAAUCUUCAACAAUGGCAAACUGACUUUCAUGAUCCUUUGGCAAAUUUUCAACCUUUGCUACAAACACCGAUAAUUUACGCCCACGGCAAUCAUGAUCAUGAUCCUGCACAGGUGUAUGCGUAUACAGUAGAUACACUUUGGUAUUCAUUCACGCUGGCAAACACUCGUUGGAUUGUGUUGGACAGCAAUGUCGACGAUAAAAGGCAGGACGAAUGGUUAAUUCAGGAGCUUUCAUCCUUGGAAAGACGAAAUGCUGAAUUCACAAUAGUAGUCGUACACAUUCCACCUUUCGUGGAAUUUUGGGAUCCUGAGACUUGGCACGGGCAAAAUGAAAAACAUUGGGGGGAAUUUGUACGCACAAGAUACGUUCCAUUGUUUCGUGCGCACGGUGUGGACUUG